AUGCAUAUGAACGGCAGCUCAUGGCUUUUCCCUUUGUCAGCGACUGUUCCAGAGGAUAUGUUGGCUAGGUGCCAUCGAGCUCUUCCUCGACCGCCGUUUGAAAACCUCAUGUAUUACAGUUGUGUCACAGCCCUUGUGUUCUGCCUGGUUUGUGUGCUAGCGUGUGCAUACCUAGAAGGCGAUAGAGCUAUUGCCUGUGCAAUUCGUCAGCACCAUUCCACACCUCGGUCCGUAUUUGAUUUGAACAACUUGGACAAUAAAAAGAACGGGCACAGUUCAUCGGCUGAUGGCAGCGGUCAAAGUGGCAGUGGUAAGGGUUCAGUUUCUUGGAACGAAGCACUUCCUUCUGGUCUACAUGCUGCAGCUGACGCUUCGAUGAUUUUACGUGUCUUUUACCAAGCAGCGAAUUCGGUACUGAGAGCAGUGCAUUUUGUGUGGCGAAUUUCGUUACUGUAUAGAAAUGACAAGCAGAACCAACCGAAGAAGGAGAGCAAGAAAAAGAAGAAAGCGCAGGUGUCGGUCAUACACUCAAAAGUGAAAGAAAUCAAAGAUAAGGAAGGCGCUAAGGAAAAAACGGAACCUCAAGCACCAGCCUAUGUAAAGCGUAAGUGCCGCAUUACUUGA